AUGCUCACCGCCGUUUGGCCAGCUCCGUCAGCUCAACGAACUCAGCCUGCUCAGCUCCAGCUGCUCACACCCGGUUCGGCCAGCUCCGUCAGCUCGCUCGCCUCCAGAUGCUCACCGCCGUUUGGCCAGCUCCGUCAGCUCAAAGAACUCAGCUUGCUCAUCACCUUGUUUCAGCCAGCUCUAUCAGCUCAAAACCUCACCCCACCAGACGGCAACUUCAGAAGGACUCAACACAAAAAGAAGAGCCAUACCGGGCUUCCCUACCAUAACAAUCAGACCCAGCCUGCCCGGAUUGUCCAUCAACAACAACUCCUCCGGCUCGUCACUUGA